AUGUGUGGACGGUACGCUUUGGGAAUAUCAAUUGAGAACUUGCCGCAGCAAUUCAACGAAAACGUGCUCCACCCAGAUCAGAGCACUGAUUUGACCGAACAAACAGACCAUGAAAUCGCACCAAAUUCUCUGCUCGAGAAACGCUAUGAGACCACGGCAUCCGUCAGCGGCACUGAGUGUACAAUACACUUGAAUGUGUUGUCGUCAGGUUUUCAGGCUUCGUAUAAUAUCCCACCUACAGCAACAGGUGCGAUAAUAUACAUGGAUAAACACAACUCUCAAAACAAUGAACAAGAAAACAUCAUAUAUUGCAUGGAGCCUCUGAAAUUCGGUCUUUUGCCUGUAUGGGCAAAGCCCCAAAACUCACAGUCUGUAAAGAAGGGCACGGGAAAAACACAUGGCACUGAGUACUCGCGUGAGGUCCAACAGCACCAAGCGAAAUUGUUCAACUGUAGGCGGGAAACACUAGCACAAGCUCAAACAGUGUGGGCAACACCUCGCAAACACUCCCGGUGUGUGGUGCCGAUUCUGGGUUACUUCGAAUGGCUUAAUACUGAACAAGGGAAGGUGCCCUACUUUGUCCACCUGCCCACCAGCCCUCUCCUCUUUUUGGCCGGGCUUUACUCACACAAUCACAACUACAAUGAUACAGAGAUGGUGCCCCUGGGUGCAAAGCAUUUUUCGUCGUUCUCCAUAGUCACGGGGCCUGCAUCAGGGAAGGGCAAAAAUGACAUGCUGUGGCUCCAUUCACGCAAGCCGAUCUUCAUCGAGCCGAACUCCAAAGCGUGGUUUGACUGGUUGCGUCCGGACGAUGUCUGGGACGAGCAAAUCUUGCAGUCGUGUUUGAACACAGAUACCAACCCUGUUUACGAAAGCCUUCGGUGGCACACGGUUGCAAAAUCCGUGGGCAACCCCAAAAACAAGUGCCUGGAUGUAAUCGAAGAGGAGAAUGUGAAACAAAGACCGAUAUCGUCAUUCUUCCAGACGAAAAAAGAGGCGAAGCCCGAGCCAAAAAGCGAGGGAAUCGCCAAGUGCGAUGAUACAGGGGAGAGUAGUCUGACUCGUAAGAGAAAACUAGACUCCGACGAAGAAAAAACAAAAAAGAUGAAAAAAGAAUAA